GGGUUUCAAGAAUCCUGAAGAAAAAGUGAGAGGAGGAGCUUAAGAUACACAAAGCCGUUUCCUUCUCACUUACACACAAACACAUUUGAAAGUUGAAACUUUAGCUAUGCCUAAAUCAAAGAGAGACAGACCAGUUACUUUGUCCAAGACUAAGAAGAAAGGAAAAGAGCAUAAGGAGUGUAUUAUAAAUGGAAUUAGAGAGGCUGUUGAGAAAUAUUCAUCUGUCUAUGUUUUCUCUUUUGAAAACAUGAGAAAUAUCAAAUUCAACGAGUUUAGACAGCAGUUUAAGCACAAUGGAAGGUUCUUCCUUGGUUCGAACAAAGUGAUGCAGGUUGCUCUUGGUCGUGAUGCUUCUACGGAAAUCCGUUCUGGUAUCUACAAUGUCUCCAAGCUGAUUAAUGGUAAUGCUGGACUUCUUGUUACUGAUAUGCCAAAGGACGAGGUGGAAAGCUUAUUUAAUGCCUAUGAGGAUGCCGACUUUUCAAGGACCGGAAGCAUGGCAGCAGAAACGGUUGCACUGGAGGAAGGCCCUCUAGAACAGUUCACACAUGAGAUGGAACCGCUUCUUCGAAAGCUGAAUAUGCCUGUUCGACUAAACAAAGGUACUGUGGAGUUGGUUGCUGACUUUGUAGUUUGUGAAGAAGGAAAACCCCUUUCUCCGCAAUCAGCCCACAUUUUGCGUCUGUUGGGAAAGAAGAUGGCUACUUUCAAGCUGAACUUGAUCUGCAGAUGGAGUCCCGUUGACUUUGAGCUUUACCAAGAAGGUUUGGAUCUCUCAGACGUUGAGACCUCUUAGAAAGCCAAAAUCUUGACUCAAAACUCUUUUAAAGUUUCUUCAUAUCGAUUUCUAUGUUGUGGCGCUGUGUUUGCAAUCGAAUGUUUUAUGUCAAAGUUUUGUUGCUUUACGUGUUUGUAGAAUAUCAACUUAUCAUUAAGAUUUCUAAUAUUCUAGUAUUGGUUACUGAAUUAUAUUUAUACAUUUAAUCUUUAAAAGCUUAUCAUCCUUAA